AGCACGCGCAGGACUAAGGCGACUAGAAACCCUCUGAGCCUUUACUUCAUGUUGUUGGGUUCUACUUCUACGUUUCAUCGCUCUCUAUGGCUGCUUUAGAUGAAAAAUCCAAAAUGGCGACUCGCAGACACCACUUGGCUGCUGCACCUUCGACGGCUAAUAUGAGCGUCAAGCUUCUUUCCGCCGUAUUCCUAUCUGUUCUGAUGAAUUCGUUCUGGCCAUCCACGACGACCUGGAAGGUGAUGAUUUCUGCGUCGAGAUCAUUUCCGUUCGACUCGUGUCGAGGGGAUCUACAUGCGGGCGCAGUUCUGACGGAGCUGCUCGCGCCCUACUGGGAGUUCAUCCGACCCGGGCCUGAAGCUGCGAGAGACCUCGCACAUGCGGACUCAGUCGGGGUGAAGCUAAAAUGGCUGAUCGACAAAGCCCUGGAAUAUUCCUUGAAAAUUUUUACCAUCCUAAUCCAAUUUGUCAUGCUAAACAUGGACGAGAUCGAGAAAGAGAAUCGGCUUUUGUGGUGCCAAAAACGGAUGGGGAUGGUAAAAUUUCAGGGAAUAUGGAAAAGCGCAUCCCAUGAGGUCGUG